AGGACAUGUGGGUGUAGUGUAUGUGUUUUGUGUACGAUGGAGAAGCUAAGAUUGAAUAAUGAGGUUUGACUGUGUUUUGUUGUAAAUAUAGAACUUUUUGUAGAAAUAUUUUUAUCGUACUUGAAUUGCAGAGAUAGUGUCUAUGAGACACAGCGUCAGGAAGGCCCAAGUGCACAUUGUUCAUAGACUGACCAGAGAAAUUAACAAACUUAAGAAUAGGAAAGGUAAUGAAAAACAAGUUGAAAAGUGUAAAAGGAAAGCAGAAAGACUGAUAGAAGAACUGCAAAAUAUAAAGAAACUUAAAGAAGAUGAUGUUUCGAAGUUUGCUAUCAAAAAUACUAGAGAACUACAAGAAAUAUUGACUGACCUGCAGUCAUCCUGUCUUGAGCGUGCCCUUGGACGACUGGCUUGUCAUCCUGAUGUGGAGGCACAUGUACGAAAACUACGAUCUGAACCUGUUGACUGGGUAGCACUUCUAGAUGAUCUCGGAUCUCAGACAAAAAUGAAGAAAAAGAAGAAUAAGAAGCAAAAGACAAAACAAAAUGAAAAUCUGCAAAAAUAUGAGCCUGGGAGGUUUGUCAGGAUAAGGCAUACUUCUAGCAGUGAAGACCUUACCUCUGAUGUGGUAAUUAGUGAGGAAAUUGAGACAUCAGAUGAGGCAAAAUGGGAACAUAAAAUUAAAAAACCUAAUAUAUAUCCAGAUGCAGCUGUAGGUGUUAAUAUCUCAGUGAAUAAAAAUAAAAGUAAACCUAAAAAUACCAAUCCUGUGGCAUCUGAUGUCCCUCAGCAUUCUGUAAAAAGGAAAAAUGUCGCAAGUGAAGAAAAUGUUUCAUCUGAUGACAAUAACAAUUUCAGUGAAUCAUCAGAUCAAGAGAGAGAACAUUUGUCUGAUGAAAGAGUCAUAAGACCUGCUACCAGUGAAAACUUAAAAUCAUUACAGCCGGAUCCUUUUUUCUUAACAGAUGAAGGAGAAUAUUUAAGCAGUAUUGUAAAAAGUGAAAGUGUACACAGUGAAGAACAGACUAUGAAAAAACUUGGAAAUUCUAGCAGCAGAGUGUCUACAAAAUACCCCAAGAUGAACAGAAAUCAGAAAGCCAAAAAUGCCUUUAAUGAUGAGUUGCGAGGUCCAAUGAGAGUGAAAGAUGAAUAUAGACACAUGAAUGAGGGAAGAAGAACAGUAAUGGAGAAAGAGAGGAAAAGAUUCCAAGGGGAACCUCUCAAGAGAAAGCAUACACUGAACACCCACAUUAAGAGACAAAACACAGAACUGAAAACUAGCCAGAAUGAUGCAGGAGUAUCACUACAUCCAUCUUGGGAGGCAAAAAAGAAAAUGCAGCAGCAACAGCUGAAUAUUCAUGCAUUUCAAGGAAAGAAGAUUAAAUUUGAUGAUGAUGAAUGAAAAUAUGUGGAAUGUUGUAACUAAUAAAAUAUGUUAUAUAAAAUGUU